CGUUGCUGUACAAACCCAUCGACCGGGUGACGCGGAGCACCCUUGUCCUGCACUGCCCUUGGGUUGCUUACCUGUGUCUGCCCCAUUCCACCCCGGCCGACCACCCUGACUAUCCACUGCUCCAGGAUGCCCUCCGUAUCUCGCAGAACUUUCUCUCCAGCAUCAAUGAGGACAUCGAUCCCCGGAGGACAGCAGUCACUACCCCCAAGGGGGAGACCCGGCAGCUUGUCAAGGAUGGCUUCUUGGUGGAGCUGUCGGAGGGCUCACGGAAGCUGCGGCACGUCUUCCUCUUCACUGACGUGCUGCUCUGCGCCAAGCUGAAGAAGACAGCAGUGGGGAAGCACCAGCAGUACGACUGCAAGUGGUACGUGCCCCUGGCCGACCUGGUGUUCCCCUCACCGGAGGAGUCAGAGCACUGCCCGCAGGUCCACGUCAUCCCUGACCAUGAGCUGGAGGACAUGAAGAUGAAGAUCUCCGCCAUCAAGAGCGAGGUGCAGAAGGAGAAAGCCAACAAGGGUCAGAGCCGGGCCAUCGAGCGCCUCAAGAAGAAGAUGUUUGAGAAUGAAUUCUGGCUGCUUCUCAACUCGCCCGCCAUCCCCUUCCGCAUCCACAACCGCAACGGGAAGAGCUACCUCUUCCUGCUGUCGUCUGACUACGAGAGGUCCGAGUGGAGGGAGGCCAUUCAGAAACUGCAGAAAAAGGACCUCCAGGCCUUUGUCCUGAGCUCGGUGGAGCUGCAGGUGCUCACAGGGUCCUGUUUCAAGCUACGCACUGUCCACAACAUCCCGGUCACCAGCAACAAGGACGGCUACUUUGUCAGCAAAGCCAAGACCAGGGUUUUCCGUGACACCACUGAGCCGCAGUGGAACGAGGAGUUUGAGAUUGAACUGGAAGGCUCACAGUCCCUGCGCAUCCUCUGCUACGAGAAGUGCUACGACAAGACCAAGCUCAACAAGGACAACAACGAAAUCGUGGACAAGAUCAUGGGCAAGGGGCAGAUCCAG